AUAAUAAGUUAUUUUAAUAAUUAGAUGCACAGCCUGCACACGGUGUCAAUCAAGACUGGAGAACCAGUCAAUGAAGAAAGGAAUGCCCAAAUCUGCGCCAACCUGGGGGUAAUCAAUUACACUAUAUCCCCACUUUCAGAGUGGAUUCUGGAACAAGAUAAUUUUUAGAAAGUAUGGUGAAAAGUUCCCUGAAUGAGUUACUGUUUAACGCAACCCCUUGCAUACCACCAAAAAACUUCAGUUACUGGCGCUACAAGUGCAUUACAAUAGGGAGGACGGUUGUAUUAAAUCUGAGCACGAGUUUAUCUAAGGAGCUGCUGGGUGUAACACAAGGCAAAUUCUGUGUGAGCUAACAUUUUUUUAAUUGUCGUCACGACUCGGUUGCAGUUGCUUGUCAUUUGUUGCAAGUCGGAGGAUUUUUUAACGUGCGCAGGUUAUAGGCGGACAAUCAGCAUGGAUUUAAAGCAUCAGUACUGGUUGGAAGAGAAUAAGUCUUUCCAUCUAAGAUUUUAUCAUUGGCUGAACAUUUUGGACCCUUUGCUGCUGCUAGCAUCAGAAGGUGAAAUCAGGAAUGCUCGUGACCUGUUAAGUAGAUGUGAUCAAGUUUCUGCUAAUACUGACAAAGAAAAAAAAGUUAAACAAGCAUGGAAUGUUAGCCUGUCUUCAGUUCAUCCUGAUAAUGGCAGUAUAAUUCCAUUACUAUUUCGGCCUCCAGCAUUCUUUCCUGCUGCUGCACCAUUGGUUCUUGCCACUUUAUUACCACACACAAAGGUGUUCCCCUCUUUCUUCUGGCAGUGCAUUUUUCAGACAUACAUUGCUGGGUUUAAUUUAGCAAACCAGAAUGCAUCAGUUGAAAAAAGUCAGCAAUCCUUCAAUCAUAUUAUGCUUUGCAUGGGAGCUGUCUCUUACACAGCCUGCCUCUCUGUCAUGCCCGAGUACUUAAUGAAGCGUUAUAACUUAGGUAGUCCUACAAUGCAAGCAUUUUGCAGAAAGUUUCUGCCAGCUCCUCUUUUAGCAUGUAUGAGUGCUUUCAAUGUUAUGGUAGUGAGAAGCACUGAAUCUGACCAUGGAAUUGAGGUUAUGGACAAGAAAGGAAAUAUAGUUGGUGUUUCAAAGAAUGCUGGAGCAAAGGCUGUAAAAGAGACUGCAAUAUCAAGAGCAGCAUUGAUUGGGACAUCUGUAGCAAUUCCUAGCAUAUUUAUGAGCUUUUUACAGAGAAAAAAUGUUUUAAGAAGUUUCCGUGCAUUCACUCCAGUUAGUUAUAUUGUAACUGUAGUGGCAUUUGGACUGAUGGUACCUACAUCAUUUAGCCUGUUUCCUCAAGCUGGGAAGAUAACACGAGACAGACUUGAACAAGAUAUCCAGUUGGCCACAACAGAAUCAGAGCUGUAUUAUUACAGAGGAGUGUGAAUCCAUUCUGCUGCAAAAAUGUGUGUUUAUUUGUCUGUGUGAUUUGAUAAAUGUAUUUCUGAUAAGGCUAACAUUAGACUGCAAUACUUUAAUUGUUGAUUGUAGAUCAGAAUGGGAUGAUGCAUUUCUGCUGGCAGAGAUUUUAGCAACAUUCAUUCACACCAGAUUGUAUUAUGCCUGUCACUCUGACAUAAUUGAUCAACUAACAAAUAAACACUACACUUUAA